UAUGUGAUAAGGUGUAUGAGUGUUUAUAUAAUUAUUAUUUUAUUGAUUAACUUUUGAUUGAUUAGAAUGGUAAUUAUAUAGAAGAGCUGUGUGGUAUAUUUGUGUGAUUAUUAGGUUAAGUUAGCUGAUAAUAAAAGUUUGAGAAAUAAAUGUCAAAAAAUGGGUAAAGGAGGACAGAAUGAUAAACAGGAUGAAAGGGAAGUUAAAUCUUUCACAUGGGAUGAUAUUAAAGUCCAUGACAAACGCAAUGAUAAGUGGUUGGUGAUUGGUGGAGAAGUUUAUGACAUCACCCGGUGGUCAAGACGACACCCAGGUGGCAGUCGAGUUAUUAGUCAUUAUGCAGGACAAGAUGCAACAGAUGCUUUUAGAGCAUUCCACAACGAUCUUAAUUUUGUGAAGAAAUACAUGAAAGCCAUACAUAUUGGAACUGUGAAACCAGAAGACCAGUCAGAAAUUGAAUUACGAAGUGACUUCAGAGAACUCAGGAAAACUGCGGAAAAAAUGAAUCUGUUUAAAACAAAUGUUUUAUUUUACACCCUGCAUUUGGCUCACAUAUUGAUGUUUGAAGUGUUGGCGUAUUUGACGAUGUAUUAUUUUGGGACUGGAUGGUUACCGUUCUUGGUUUCUGUUGCCUGUUAUACUAUCGUACAGGCACAGACAGGCUGGUUGCAGCACGACUUCGGACAUGUCUCAGUUUUUAAGAAUCAUUAUUAUUUGGACCAUAUUCUCCAUCAAUUUACUAUGGGAUUUAUUAAGGGUGCCUCAGCAAAAUGGUGGAACCAUAUGCAUUAUCAGCAUCACGCUAAACCUAAUGUGAUGGACAAAGAUCCUGAUGUACGUGUUGAAAAACUGUUUGUAGUGGGUGAUAAAAUGCCAGUACAGAUGGCCAAAUCUAACAAGUCUAGCAUGCCGUUUAACUGGCAACACAGAUAUUUCUUUAUCGUUGGACCUCCACUUUUGUUUCCAGUUUAUUUCCAGUUUAUGUUGAUACGUCACGUUAUAACACGUAGAGAAUGGGUGGAUAUAGGUGUAUUAAUAGCCUUUUUCAUCAAGUUUUUUUACCUGUAUGUUCCACUACUUGGAAUUGGUAACACCAUCUUCUUCUAUUUCUUUAUCAGAGUAUUAGAAAGUCAUUGGUUUACGUGGGUCAGUCAGUCAAACCAUAUACCAAUGGAGAUAGAUGAAGAUCAUGCAGAAGAAUGGCUGCCAUUACAGUUGCAUGCUACAUGUGACAUUGAAAAAUCUUUCUUUAAUGAUUGGUUCACAGGCCAUCUCAACUUUCAGAUUGAACAUCAUUUGUUUCCAACCAUGCCACGCCAUAACUUACAUAAAAUAGCCCCUCUCGUCAAGUCUUUAUGCGAGAAACAUAAUCUAAGUUAUCAGGUGAAACCACUUCUACAGUCCUUUAUAGAUAUUGUUUCUUCUUUGAAACAUUCAGGUGAACUGUGGUACUCCACUUACAAUCAGUAUCACGUUUCCUAGACAACCAAACCCUCCAAUUAUUAUUAUUAUUAUAACAUUUCUGUAUCACCUUUCACUGUUUACCCAUGAAAAUAGUCUACAGAGUAGAGCUGACAACUUAUAUAUUUAAAAAAAAAAACAAUUUUAACACUAGACAUAUUUCUAAAAAUGAAAACACUUGGACCUCAGGACAGGUUGGACUACAGUAUAAACUCUGAAUUCUAACUGAUCAUAUGGAUUUAUGGGCUAUACAUUUGACCACAACAUAGAAAUAUAUUGAUAACAUAUUAAUAUGUGCUGGGUUUUACAGUCUAUACUGUAGUUUCUAGAGACAUUUGUUCCCAGCAAAAACUCCUAUUUCCCAGGGGUUUUUUCUGUACCAGUAUAAAAUAUAUUCAAACUGAAUUAAUUAUCACUACUUAACAUAGAUUUAUUAGCUUGAAUAGUUGUCCAUAUAUUUAAAGAUAUGAAAUGGUUUUAGAAUAUAUUUGAUAAUAGCUAUAGCAGACAAUAUAUUUCUAGGCCUUUAAAGAAUUUAUAGAAUGGUUGUAUGGCACAAUUAUAUUAAUAGCUUAAUUAAUCUGAUUAAAACACAGAUCCUUUUUCGGUUUUUUAUAGUUCAAAAAUUUCGUGUUAUUACUUGUCUUUACUACACUAGUAUCUGUUGCGGCGAGUUCUUGACUUACGCUACACAGAACUGUGGGUAUGCCACUAGAAACAUCAACGCUGAUUGGUUAAUCAAAACGAAACGAAAUAUAGAUUUGUAUUUUAAUCAGAUUGUAGAUUCAGUAGACCAAAAUUUUAUUCAAUAAGAAAAUGCAUUGUAACGAACCAGUGGUAAUGAACGUAUUCCACCAGGGUUUUUUUUAUGUGUUUAGUUUUAUAUUUCAUUUGCUCAUGUUAAUUAAUUGAAGGGCAAUUUGUGUUUCAUGUCAAUAUUUUGAUUUGAUUUUUAUGCAAAUCUUAUAGAAAUGGGUAGGAGAGGUUGUGGAAGGAAGUAAGAAAGCAGCCUUUCCAUUGGCUAAGAGCUAUAAAUUGUAUAGUCUUCAACCAAUGAAAAAGCUGCAUUAUAAAACAGUUUCAUGAAUACAGACCCUGAAAUCAUUGCAAAUAGGGCUUGCCAUAUUUGACUGAAUAAAUGUACAUAUAUAUAUAUAUAUAAUGGACACUUAGUUUGAUAAAUCUGAAAAGCAUACAUCCAUUUAAACAUAAAACAUUCUCUACUUAUAAAAGAUUUGUGCAAAUUCUAUUUCAGCUGUUACAAUUUGAAUUAAUUGAAUGAAAUAUUUUGAAACGUGACAGUUGUUUAAUUAGACAUAGAGGGAUUACACACACUUAUUUGGUCAAAUGCUAUAUUCAGAGUGCCAAACAUAGUAUUAAUUAUUUAAAAAUUGCUUUUUGUCCUUUGCCAUAUAUUAGCCAAUAAUAUCUGCUUGUUGUCCCUAAUAUUCGCAUAAAUUAUACGUGGACAUUAUAUUAGCCAAUAAUAUUCACAUAAAAUAUGAAUUAUAUAUGGACAUUAUACUUGGCAGCUUGUAGGCUUUAUCACUUAUCUUUUACCAUAUAAUUUUGUUUAUUGGCCAGGCAUUUAAAAUUAGGUCAAGCAAAUCUUUGAAACUAAACGAUAGAGUUGAAAGAACACUUGAAAGAACACGCUAGUUGUUCAGCAUCACCUGAAGAUUAAAAUUAAUGUCAAUUUCUCUCUUUAAUUGGUGUGGAUGUACUAUUUUUUGUUUGCGUACAUCACUGGAUGAUAUAAAACCUAUUGUUGGCGUACAUCGGUUGAUGAUAUAAAACCUAUUGUUUGUGUACAUCGAUGGAUAAUAUAAAACCUAUUGUCAAGACAAAUCAAAUCAAGAUAAUGAUUUACUGAAUGAAGGACCUGUGAUAUGGAGAGACAGAUGUUAUUUUACUUAACUCAUUGUUAGUGUUGUCAAUGUUAAUAUAUUAUAAAGUGCUAUUUUAUAAGCUUACUUACCAUCAGAUAGACUUGGUUGUGUGUCCAAGAUAGAGGUGAUUGCAUUGCCAAACUUUAGAUCAAUUUAACCUUUUUCACAUUUCUUAAUUAAUAUGUAAUAUUAAUGAUGGAGCGGGUCACCACUAACUGCUUUUUUUUUUGCACAAACAAAUUAUAGCAAAUAGAAGAUACAAGCUUAUUAUUUAUUGUUUUAGAGAAGUUAAAUCUCUUUGAUUUAAGCCAAAAUAAAUUCUUGAAUUUGGUUGAUCUGGUAUAUUAAUUCAGUUAGUGAUGGGUCUUCGUAACACUACUGUCGUUGCACAAAAAUUAACAUAAAUUCACACAAAAUUAAGAAUGAUUUUAGACCCAAAUCAAAGAGGUAGUUAUUUUUACAUUUCGCUAAUAAUUCAUUCUGUGAAGUUUGUUUCUGUGUUUUUCUCAUUUAUGUUUUUGAUGAAGGUGACUUUUGUAUAUGUUAUGUAUAUUUACGGUCAUACCUGAUGAAUUUAUUUGAUUCUAUAGGGGUUUUUUUCCAAACUUUUGAUCAUUAUAUCACAUAUUUUUAGUAAUAGUCGAUGAUGUUUCUAGUCUUAACUGAGUCUUACCAUACCGAACUUCGUUAAAACAUCUCUCAAGCAUUAGUGUCAAAUGAUUUGUGUGCAUAGCUCAAAGCUUUAUACAAUCAUUAUAACCUAUUCCCAACUGUCAAUCAGUGUAGCUUAUAAAAACAAGGUAAACCAAUCAGAUGAUGUUGUCCGAUCAAAGUGAUGCCUUUAUCUCAGAUAAAAUUAAGCUAUUAAAUUUUAUGUUUUAUAAUCAAAAUAUUAAUUUUCUUUAGAAUGAAAAAGAUGUUAGUAAUGCUAAACCAUCCGUCACAUGAAUGUGUGAACUUUUUAUAAAAACUACUAUAUUUAAUCUUUGCUUUAGGAUAAAGUCGAUUAUCAACUGCUAGUAUGAGAAGAUUGACUGAAUUUAAUAAAUCUAUAAGGGCCCCAUGCUGUUGACCAUGAUUGUGUAAUUUUAAGCUCAAUUUAUAUACUAUAAACCUGAGAUAUAUCAUCUCUUUCUCUCUGUACAGUAUUUCUUUAUAAUAUAAAAUA